AGGCGGAUGUCCUUAAGUGAAUACACAUAUAUAUAUAUGUCGUGCAGUAACCACCAAACAAAACAACAAAUGCGGACUCUGAUCAGUUGAGAACGAUUUUGUCUUGAUGUGUUAUGCGAAUUUGAUGAGUUAACAGAGAGAGAAACACACAGAUAUAAGAGGUAGACAGCAUUGCUAUGAUUUCAAGUAUAAUAUUGGUUUUAAUAGUCGUGCUUGCACGCCAUCAUGCAAACAGUGCGGCGCUGAACCAAACCGGAGAUGGUGUUUAUUUUUCCCGUAAUAUGAUGAUGCGAUAUACCUUGGAACACGUGCCUGACACACUUGACGAACGGAUUGAGAUUAUGUUUUCGACUCAGACGAAACAAGGAAUCCUGAUGCAACUUCAGAACAGAGACAAUACCAAAUAUCUCUCCAUUGAGAUAAACAAUUAUGGUGGAGUAAGAGUCUCAUUGGGCUUUGGUUGGUUUGAAGAACAAAAAUUCUCGCUUAAUACAGACCAUGGAUAUGACUAUACUGAUAACAACGAACACGUAGUUAAAGUUUGGCGAACUGACGAUGGAAAUGUAUUUCAUUUGCAGGUUGAUAAAGAGUCGAUGGUAUUCUCGUUUGAGUCGCUACCCUCUAUCGUGGGUUUAAGAAUUAAACCCAAGUACAUAUUCGUUGGACGUAACUUUACCACCAGCCCAGGCAGUGGGUUCGAGGGUUGCAUCGGUCACAUGCAGUUUAAUGACAUCUUCCCACUGAGGGAAGCGUUGACAGGUUUAAACCCUGAACGAAUAAUGUUUUUCUCUGGUUCAAGCUCUUCAGAGAAUAUUGAAAUAUGUGGAACGGAACCGGAACCCGUACCCAGUUCAGAACCAGAGUCCAGACCAGAACCCGUACCCAGUUCAGAACCAGAGUCCAGACCAGAACCCGUACCCAGUUCAGAACCAGAGCCCAGGCCAGAACCCGUACCCAGUUCAGAACCAGAGCCCGGACCAGAACCCGUACCCAGUUCAGAACCAAAACAAAGCACUGCACUCUACUUUACAGCCCCGACUCCACUGCUUACUACAAAUACCCAGUCCAUCAAAAAAGAACAAACCCCAGACGACUUUUUCACUCGACUGUUAGCAUGGCUCUUCUCUCUUUUGAGACGACGGGGUUGAUAUAAUGGCGUUUUUGUAAAGCUUUACUUACAUUUUGGAAUAUGGUCUAGUUUUAACUUGUAAAAAAAGUCAAUACAAAAUAAUCUAAAACAAGCUUAUCUUGUACCCAUCAUACACACCAGAAAAGACCAGAAUUAAUUAUUUGAUCGUUUUUAUGAACUCGGAAUAAACCUUUAUUCGGGUGGUUACUGUUAUCAUUUUAAAGAAGUUGCUACAUCAUCCGGUAUAUACUUUUAUAAAAGCAAUAUUAGUCAGAAAGAAAGAGUAAAGAAAACAUUUAAUCAAAAUAUGUGCACAUUCCAUACCAUCUCGUCCUAGAAUUUGGCACAAUUUCGAAGUUUUUUAGGAAAUGUCAGGUAGUGUGAUAGUGAAUCCACGUACAAUGUACAGGCGAAUUUCUUAGCACAAAAUAUCAUGAAUUGUACAUGUAGCACAGGAAAUAAAAGAGAUAUAUUGAAACAAU